AUGAGUUUAGGUACACCAUACACAUAUGCUGGAGAUUUAGAUGAGAAGAGGGGGGCGAGUUUGGACUCUAACUAUGUUUCACGCUUCUCAAAGUAUAAAAAAUAUUUUCUGGUACUUUUCACUGUGUUAUUCAUAGUGUUUUGGGUUAGUGAUUUCUCGCUAGUAAAAACAGAACCGAGUAUUGUUAUUAUUUUAGCUGCCAAUAGUGGAGGUGGUGGUGUGUUGAAAUGGAAAUCAGAGCAGGAAUGGGCAAUUGAACGUAUAUCUAUUGAAAAUAAGAGGGCGUAUGCUAAAAGACAUGGCUAUGGAUUGGUCAUUAAGGACCAAGUGUUAUCCAAGAGAUACUCACAUGAAUACAGAGAAGGAUGGCAAAAAGUAGACAUUUUAAAGCAAACAAUGAGGGAAUUUCCUAAUGCUGAAUGGUUCUGGUGGUUGGACGUCGAAACUUUGAUUAUGGAACCCCAAAUGUCUCUAGAAGAGCAUAUUUUUAACCGUCUCGACGAAAUUGCAAACAGAACUCUAGAAGAUUUCAAUCCAUUGAAUAUCGAUGUCGAUCUACCAUAUGUAGACUACUCUGAGGAACCUGAUAUGCUAAUCACUCAAGACUGUGGUGGUUUCAACUUAGGAUCAUUUUUCAUCAGAAACUCCGAGUGGUCUAGACUCCUCCUUGAUAUAUGGUGGGAUCCAGUGGCUUACGAACAAAAGCACAUGGUGUGGGAGCAUCGUGAACAAGAUGCUUUGGAAUCUUUAUAUGCUAGUGAGCCUUGGAUCAGAGAAAAGGUAGCAUUCCUCCCAUUAAGACAAAUUAACGCUUUCCCACCAGGAGCUUGUGCUGAUUUCAAGUACGAUUUACGUUACUUCUACAACGAAAAAGACCAUGAUUUUGUAGUAAAUAUGGCUGGUUGUAAUUUUGGUAGAGACUGUUGGGGAGAAAUGGAGCAGUACACUAGAUUACUGCAAAAGUUACACGGUAGAUGGUACUCGGUUUUCUUUUAG